AAAACGUCGAUGCGUUGCAGGAGUGACGGUCUUUUAUCAAUCAGUAUUCAGUCGCGAUUCACAGAGGCGGCCUCGCUUGAGACCGGUCAAUUCAAUUCCGGUAAACAUAAACAAACAUAACCUCCAUUUCGUUUAAAUGUAAACCGGCUGUUUUGUUCAGUAUUUUUUAUAUUCUCUUGGCCGUUAUUUUUUUUUAAAAGUUUAUUUUUUGAUUUAUUUAUUAGUAUAGAAUUUUAGUUUUAUGAAAAUGAACAGCAAAAUCACUAGUCUUUUUAGCUGCGUAGUGAUAGUAUUAGUUAGGAAAUGUAUCUGUGAUAGUAGUUUACUAGUGAACACUCACGAUGUAACAAUAAAACUAAAAGAUGUAGCAGUUGUCAGUAUAAUAACUGGACCAAGUUACACGCCGAUCAAUGGUAGUUUAAGUAUAACAGUCCAACAUAGUGACAUAGCUAAGGUGAACUCAACAGGUAUUACUGAUCUGAGCAUUUUGGAACCCAACCAGUCCACACCAAUCGAGAUUACAGCAUCGAGUCCAGGAAAAACCGACAUCUAUACUAAUUCAACGUCAAGUCUCGUCAAUGUCAACGAUAUCUAUUUUAAAGUUACCGUGUACAGAGUCCAAUGGCUAAUUAAGUUUUCAACAGCUAUAGGAUGGAUAUAUUUUGUGGCUUGGUCAGUAUCAUUCUACCCUCAAGCUUAUAGUAACUGGAAAAGAAAAAGUGUUAUAGGUCUUAAUUUCGACUUUCUACACUUGAAUAUAGUGGGAUUUGUUCUAUAUUCCAUAUUUAACUUGGGACUGUACUUCAUUCCAGAACUAAGGGAAGAAUAUACCAACAGGUACCCCAGAGGUUUGAACCCCGUUCAAGUCAAUGACAUAUUCUUUGCCGUUCAUGCUGUCAUCUUAACACUUGUUACUAUAGCACAGUGCUAUAUUUACGAAAAAGGUGACCAGAGAGUUUCCACCACUGCCAAAGUCAUAUUAGGGAUAUUUGGAUUAUUUUUAACUAUAUCAAUAUUCCUGGCAGGAUUUAAGGUGAUCCAUUGGUUGGACUUUUUAUAUUACUGUUCUUAUGUUAAGUUGACCAUUACGUUGAUCAAAUAUAUACCUCAGGCUUACAUGAACUACAAGAGAAAAAGUACUGAUGGUUGGAGCAUCGGAAACAUCCUCCUAGAUUUUACUGGCGGUAUUUUGAGCAUGCUUCAAAUGAUACUCAAUGCUUACAAUUACGAUGAUUGGCAGUCAAUAUUUGGCGAUCCUACAAAGUUUGGUUUAGGUCUAUUUUCUGUGGCAUUCGACAUUUUGUUCAUUCUCCAGCAUUAUGUGUUCUAUCGACAUAGAUCUGAUAGUCAGUAUGUUUUUCAGCAGUGAACCUUUUUAAAAAACUGAAAUGCUUAAUUUUAUUGUAUAGAUGCAUAUAUUGUUGAUUUUACCUACAAACUAGUGUUAGGCAAAGCAAACAUUUCAUGCUUUUGUUGUCUAAUUUAUUUUAUAUGUGUAUAAGUAGAUUAAAAUAGAUAAUUAUAUUUAGAAAUACCGUAUGAUCGAAAAAAAAUGGCGUCCAGUUGGUUGGGAAAUGACGAUCGAUGACAUUUCCCAUAUAAAUUUACACACAAAAUGACAGCGAUCUUCAUUUCCCAGCCAACUGGACGCCGUUUUUUCUCGAUCAUACGGUAUUUAGCUCUUUGAUACAAGUUAUAUAUUUAUAUUGUGAAAAGUAUUUUUAAGAUAUAUUUAUUUACAUCACAACAAAGUAUGUUAUGGACAUGAUAUAUUGAUACUUUGUUAUUAAUUUUGUUACAAAGUUCCUUAAAUUUUUUUAAAGUAUGGACUAUGUGUAGUUGAUGAAGUUAUGUUUUAAAGAUUAAGAGACUAUAUCAUUGGUUUAGUGAAAAAGUGCCCUGUUUCAGUAUUUGUGUUCAUGUUAAAUGUUCUAUUUUUAAUUAAAAAAACAUAUUGCCUUUU